UAUUAUUUUAGAAACGAGAGUAUUUUCCUAAUUUUGUGUUGGCACAUUUGUUUGAACUACCAAACGUCAUCUCUAAAACCCUCACUCUCUCGGUCACUUACUUACACUCCCAAGAAUCAAGAUGAUGAAGCUAUGGCGAUUACUGCAACAGUCUAGGAUUUCAAUUGGGAAAUCUGUUAAUAUCAGAGACACUUCAGUGUUUCAUGAUCUUACAUUCCGGGCUGGCAUUUCAACUGCUCGUGAGGAUUUUACUAUCAAAGGGGCGGGGAAUUUUUUGCAACGAGUGUUUGCUCCGUUUUCCAUUUACAAGGGAAAAGCUGCACUCUCAGUUCAGCCUGUUCUGCCAACUUUUUCUAGGCUGAAUUCUGGGGAUCUUAAAGUCGAGCGAUAUGGUUCUAUAAUGUUAACUUUCUUGCCUGCCAUGGGAGAGCGCAAGUAUGACUAUGAAAAGAAGCAGAAAUUUGCUUUAUCGGCGACAGAAGUGGGGUCUUUGUUAAGCUUGGGUCCCAAGGAUUCCUUUGAAUGCUUUCAUGAUCCUGGAAUGUUAUCAAGUAAUGCUGGUCAAGUGAGAAAGAGCUUAUCAUUUAAGCCGCAUCCAGAAGGUGGUGGUUAUUUCGUAUCAUUAACUGUUGUUAACAACGCUUUGGGAACCAAUGAGCGGUUGAACAUUCCUGUCACUGCUGGUGAAAUUGCAGUUCUCAAAACAGCUUGCAGUUUUGCAUUGCCUCAUCUCAUGGGUUGGGAUCGGCUGACUGCUCAAGCACCAAGAAACAUAGUAGGAAAUCCGCCAAAAGUGGAUCCAAGAAAGACAGUUUCAGAAUGGGAUAGAUGAAGCCAUAUCCGGUGGAAGGUUUGUUUGCACUGCUUGCUAGCAUCAUCUCGUAUUAGAUCAUUUCAAAAUGGGUUUUGCUAUAGACUGGCCUUUUGAAGCACACCGACCCAUAUUUUAUCCUUGUAAAUUUUGAAACUAUCUGUUCUUAUAGUGAAUAUGUGCUUCUCUGUAAUAGUCCGUCUUCGGGUCGUUUAAGAAUGAUGUAUUCAAACUCAAUCAAACUGAAUUUGUUGGUUUA